CUUCAUUCGUUACAUGGAUCCGGUGAUCAAAAGAGACAAGAUCUGCCCAGCUAGUGAAUCCUGAACUUCAAUGAGCUGUCGAGGAUUUAAGGCUGUAGAUUUAGUGGAUGUCAGAGUCUCAGGUCACUGUGGCGGACAAGGAGGAGAGAGUGAAGGAUGAGACAGUUGGAGACAAAACGACUGAUCCAUUCACCCUCCAUGGCAAUGACAUCUCCCCUUCCAACCAACUAUGGUUGAAUUUAGAGUCCAACCCAAACUCCACAGACACAAGUCCUUCCCCUGCCAGUCAGGGAAUAGGUUUGCUGUCUUUACCAUGGGAAAUGAUGGUGCGCAUUGCAUCACACUUACCUGCUCAGUGUAUUAUCAACGUACUGCCAAAGGUGUGUCGUGUUCUAGGAGCAGUGGGGGAAGAUGUAUCUGCCUGGCAGCUGAGAGCUCACAGACUUACUGGCUCUAGAACCAUCUUCCCAGUGGGGUCACGAGAAAAUUUCAACUGGCCCAUGGCAUGCCUGGAGAUGGAGCAGCUGAUAGACCGUUGGGUGGGACAGCAGGAGUGGCUGGCAAGGGAACGAGCCACUGGAGAAAGAGAGGAGGAGGAGGAGGAGAGACAGAGGGAGAUGGAGGAUGUGGAACAGGGCGGAGGUGAUGAAUUAGAGGUUGAAGAAAAUGAGGGAGCAGGAGCAGGAGCAGGAGCAGGUGCAGGAGCGGAGGAGGUCGCGGGGAGGCGGCCGGGCGCUGCGUUAGAGGAAUGGAGGGAUGAAGGGAUCGAUGGAGGGGGAGGAGAGGAGAACGAAAGACUUCCAGAGAGAGAUGAAAUGAGAGAAGAGAUGGAAUUUGAGGCAGCUGUAGGGGACGAAGAUAGAAACAACAGAGAAGUGCUUGAUAAUGAGAACGAAAUGGUACAGGACGUUAUCGUCGACAUGGAGGAGGAGAGGAGCGAAAGAACGUUGGAGCACGCUCCUCCGCCUGCGUUGGAGCACGUCACCCUCCCCGCUGGACACAUCGCGGACGUGAACGCCGUACUGCUGGUGGGGGGGGAGGGGGCAGUGUGUGCCUCUGGGUCACGGGACAGGAACGUGAACCUGUGGGACCUGCGGUCGGGUCCCAGGGGGGCCUUACUUCGCACGUUGUCGGCGCAGGGCGCGUUCAGCACGCACCGUGGAUGGGUGUGGUCUUUGGCGGCCUCCGGUCACCUCUUGGCCUCCGGGGCGUUCGACAGCACCGUGAGGCUGUGGGAUCUAGCGGCGGGGGGAGCGGAGAAGGGGCUCAUUCAGGGGAGAGCAGCCAUCCUCAGUCUGUCCUGUCAAACAAACAUGCUGUUUGCUGGAUCACAUGAUCAGAGAGUCAGCAUCUAUGACACCAGAGCUGCAGAACCACUGGUCAAGAGCCUCCGUCUCCAUGGCGAUGCAGUGCUGUGCCUGGCAUCAGAUGACCAGUACAUCCUGUCUGGGAGUAAAGACCAAUCAGUGGCUGUGUUUGACCGGAGAGCAGGGAAACUUCUCAAGAAAAUACAGCUGAACUCCUACCUGCUAUCAAUGUCCUACAACGAGAGAGAAGUUUGGGCGGGAGAUAACCAUGGCCUCCUUCACACCUUUUCCAUGGAGAGUGGCUCCUUUAGACGUAUUUCCCAGUUCAACGUGGGCCACACCUCACUGGUCACAGGCAUCCACAAAUCCCCGGGAACCCUGUACACCUGCUCUUCAGACCGCACCAUAAAGGUUCACCUCCCCUGUGCUCCUCCUCGGACCUUGUGUACAUUGAAUCAUCAGGCAGGAGUUAACGGGUUGAGUGUGGAAGCAGGGGUGUUGGCCAUAGCUUCUGGUGAUAUGAAUGUGGAGGUGUGGAGGCCUCGACAGUGAAGGUGGACAGGCACUGUGACUCACACAGCC